AUGUACGAAGACGACGAAUUCCUAGCGGAACUGAGCCUCUUCUUAGAAUCUCCGAUCUUUCAGUCCCCACCAGAAGUGUUUCUGGCACCAGCGAUACACCAAAUCGUCCGCGGCAGAUCAGGAGUUGCCCGCCAUCAUAUCGGGAAUUUCGACUUUUUGCACCGCUUCCUUCGUGCUUAUGAUGAGAGGUACAGAAGUGCUCAUAAUGGCCGAAAGAGAGUACUUGCCAGGGAGAUCUUGGAUCGUUUGCGCGAUGCUGGCUAUCAGUUCAUCGAAUACAGUAAAGUUCAUCAAGGAUAUAUCGAGAUCAACAACGAUAGAAGAUUGGUGAAUUCCAUUAUGCAUUCCAUGCGUGAUGCCAUCAAGAGUCGCAUCUGGAUUUAG